AACAGAGCUCGCAUAUAGGGUCCAACAAGGGACCUGGCACACAACUCACCUGUCCUGGACACACACACAAACACACACGCGCGCGCAUACACACUGACACUGACAGCGUGAAAGCCAAAGCAAAUGAAGUGAGCAGGUUUGGAAAUGGUUGUGUUCAAUCCAAUGGAGUGGAUCAGGAUGAGCAGGGGCUCUCGGCGCCUCGUGCUGGUGGUCGUGUGUGUGGCUCUGCUCCUGGAUAACAUGUUGCUGACUGUUGUGGUUCCCAUCAUCCCUACCUUCCUGUAUGCUAUUGAGCAUCAACCAAGUGAGCUUUCAUCAUUCUCCUCCUCCUCCUAUAAAUUGGAUGCAUCCUCUCCUCCCACUAUGGACCAGCCCACCUUCUCCGCCAUCUUCUCUCUCUAUAAUAACAUGACCUACACCAACACCAACACCAACACCAACACCGUGACCCAGGAAAACCUCACCAUAUCAACUGUUACCCCAAUCUACAAUGAGAACACCAGCAUUCCUGACUCCAGCCACUGCAAGGAGGACAAGAAGUUUCUAGAGGAUGAGAACAUAAGAGUCGGCCUCCUGUUUGCAUCCAAAGCUAUAGUGCAGCUUUUGGUCAACCCAUUUGUAGGUCCUCUGACCAACAGGAUCGGCUACCACAUACCCAUGUUCGCUGGGUUUGUCAUCAUGUUUGCCUCGACAAUAAUGUUUGCUUUCUCAGAAACGUACACCUUGCUGUUUUUUGCUCGUUCCCUCCAAGGAAUUGGCUCCUCCUUCUCCUCCGUUGCAGGACUGGGCAUGCUGGCCAGUGUGUACACUGAUGAUAAUGAGAGAGGGAUUGCCAUGGGGAUAGCACUCGGAGGUCUCGCCAUGGGUGUGCUCAUUGGUGCUCCUUUCGGCAGCGUCAUGUACGAGUUUGUAGGCAAAAGUUCUCCGUUCCUCAUCCUGGCCUUCCUCGCUCUGUUUGAUGGAGCACUUCAGCUUUGUAUCUUGCAGCCCUCUAGGAUAUCUCCCAGGGGUGUUGAGGGAACACCACUGCUAACUCUGCUGAAGGACCCUUACAUACUUAUCAGCGCAGGAUCGUUGUGUUUUGCCAACAUGGGCGUGGCCAUUUUAGAGCCCACUCUGCCUAUAUGGAUGAUGCAGACCAUGUGCUCACCAAAAUGGCAGCUUGGUGUGGCUUUUCUACCAGCCAGCGUGUCUUAUUUAAUUGGAACCAACCUGUUUGGCCUGCUGGCCAACAAAAUGGGCAGGUGGCUGUGCUCCAUGAUCGGCAUGGUCAUCAUUGGCAUCAGCCUCCUUUGCGUUCCUCUAGCCAAAAACAUCUACGGCCUUAUUGGCCCUAACGGAGGACUAGGAUUCGCGAUCGGGAUGGUCGAUUCAUCUAUGAUGGCUAUAAUGGGCUACCUGGUGGACAUCAGACACAUCUCUGUGUAUGGCAGCGUGUACGCCAUAGCGGAUGUAGCACUUUGUAUGGGGUUCGCUAUAGGUCCGUCUACUGGAGGCGCUAUAGUGCAAGUGAUUGGAUUCCCAUAUCUUAUGGUCAUCAUUGGGGUGGUCAAUAUACUUUAUGCACCACUGUGCUACUUUCUGAAAAACCCAGCUGCUCAGGAGGAGAAGAUGGCGAUUUUAAACCAGGAGUGUCCCAUGGACGUAAAGAGUUACAACACACAGCGUGAGUGUAGAGAGUUCCCCCUGAGUGACGAGAGCGAUGCUGACCCUGAGGAGUAACAUACACACACACACACACACACACACACACACACACACAGUAACAAAUAAAGCACUUGUUAUAGGGUUAUCUUGUUAUAGGUAAAGAACCUCCUGUUUACAACCUGAAGUCUCUGUGUUUUUUCCCUUAACAACAUAUGAGCGUUUUAUUCCUCUUUUACCGCCACAAUGUGUCAACGAUUACAACUGUGUUACAAAUUUGAUGACACAUGCAUUUUAGACAUUUUCCUAUUCUCACUAUAGCAGCUAUAAACACUCUUUCUCUCAUCUGCUUUUUUUUCUCUCUUGCUUUUGUUCUCUUCUCUUCACGUUAUAUGAAUUCGCAUAGUGUAAAACCAACUAUUCUGUGGAAAAAAGCAUUGCUGACACUGGAGACUCCACUUCCAAUUAAAUCAUUUUAAUAAACCAAUUUGAAGUAUCGGUAAUCCUCACACAACGUUAAAAGGAUAAUAUACAAGUAUGUGUUGUUUGGCGUAUAACCUGGAGUCUCUAUGUGUACUCAUAAAGAAAUUGUAAGGUAUUCGAAUGUAUUAUUAGUUCUGACCAAUCAGAAUGGAGUAUUUGAUAUGGUUGCAGUAUAAUGUGAUAUUAAUGCUGUUUUGUAUUUUAGCCAUGAUUUUAAUAAACUAUUUGCUUC